AUGCUUCAAGUUCGCGGGCCAGUGCUGGCAUCAGCCCGCUACGAAAAAGAUGAAAAACCCGGGCAGAUCGAAGCAGAGUCCAGUGUAGCCAACGUGCCCGCAGUCCUCUGGCCAGAAGGCAGGUCUGAAGAGGGGCAGCAGGCGCGACCUUCGCUGCAGGCGCUCCAAGACGAGAUGGAGCGCUGUCGUGUCGCAAACGAGGAGAUGAAACGCGCCGUCAAUGACGAACGAGAAAACUACCGAACCACGAUUCGCGACCUGAAGCUCCUCUGCCUCACGCAAGACGACGCCGAGGUCGCGCGGGCGCAGGGGCGCUUCCGGCAGUACUACGGGCUUCGUCAAAAAAUCACUGAAAGGUGCCAAUGCCGAGCCGCGGCCUCCGCUGAGUCUGAUCGCUUCCUGCUCGACCAAAUCAUCACGCUCAAUGCGGAGCUGGAGCUCGCCCUCGCAGAGAAGCAGGCCCACAAGCAGAAGCGCUCGCUGAACGGCUUGCGCGGUCAGCUUUCACACGCAGAAGAUCUCGGCGCAUCUCAGUCAGCCUGGAGCAGCACCGACGGGCCGCCUCAGCCUUCCGACAGCGGGCUGGAGUUUCGGAUGCGCGAAGAGCUGCUCCUCUCCGUCACUUCGCUGCAGCAAGAGAACCAGAGGCUCCACGAAGAAAACGUGCAGAUUCGGCGUGCGCUUGCGGCUCGAGGCAAGACUCAGGGGCCUAGUCGAGAGACGCCCGCACUGGUUGCGGUGCGCACCAUGCGACCGCUGCUGCCGCCCACGGCGACGGAGACAGAGACAAAAACUUCGAACAACGCCGAAGGGCGCUCGCUGAUCGCGAGAAGCACGCCUCGCCGACGCACGUGUGCCGUCACCUGGAGCCGACUUCUGCGAGGCCGACAGCCCGACGACGAGGCACUCUGCCAGACGAAAGUGCAGCAGUUUCUCGAGCGCGCAAGCAACGCCCCCUCCACCGCGCUCAGCCACGCAGACCUCGCUAAAGGGCUGCUGGCUGUCUUCCGCAACACAGAGGAGAAGAUGAAGUACUACCGCCGGCGGAAUAAGGUCCUCCAGACAAAGCUAGUCAAGCAGCGUUUGCGCGGCGCGGAGGGCCGGUCUCGGGGCGCGGGGGAGGCGGAGAUUGGGGACGAAGCUUUCAGCUUGGAAUGGAAGGUGGGCACCCUGGAGGCGGAGAUUCGGCGCCUGCGUCGCCUCUUGGAGUUGAGUGCCGGGGCCUCUUUGUCGCUCGCGACGAUUCACAGCUUCUUCCUUGAGCAGCGGCAGCUGUUGCAGAGGCAACUCGAGAGCGAGCAGGCGGACAUCGACGCGCUGGAGGACCAGUUCUGGGCGAUGAAGGAGAUGCGGCUCGAGUGCUUCGCAGGCGAGGCCGACGCCGGCGACUCGGAUCCGGGCCUGAGCGGCCUCCUUGGCGACUGUGGAGACGGCGACGGCGCCGCGGGCACCCAACGCGGGGGAGGAGCGCGCCGCCUCCCGAGCAAGAUCGAGGCCAUGGAGGAGGCGUUUCUCGCGGCCUACGAGGGGAUUUGGGAGGCGGCGGAGGCCUUCAAGACGCGCCACGCGCAGACCGCCGCGCGGCUCGCGCAGAUCCACGCGGGCCUCGUCAGCGUGGAGCGAGACUUGAAGAUGCUGGACCGCGAACAGCGCUCUCAGAUCGAGAGUCACAUGCAGGACUUGGCUGACGCAGGCGCCGAGGUUGACGGGGGCAGAGGGGUCGGCGGGAAGCCCUGCUACGUGCGGCAGACUGUCUGGCCUGCGUGCGCCGACCGCGAGGCGCAGACGGACAACACGGGCAUUGCGUCGAGGCGGCAGUUAUACACCGGCGAGUUCGCGGUGAACGACAGCACGUCGACGUCGGUCACGGUCUCCAUCAUCAACGAAGAGGACAUUGUCGUGAAACUCAUGCUUGAAGACAUGGAAUUCCCGCCCUGUCUCUACACCGCGGUCGCGGCGAUUCGCUUCCCGGAGGGCAGCCGGACAGGUGAAGCCGCGGAGCCCGCCACCGCAGACCCGGCGUCCUCCACACAACCUUCUCCUCAGCAAGGCGACAAGGCUGCAUCCGCGCAGAAUGCGCGCCGCGACACCCGGCGCAACGUGAUGAAGCGACGACGCUUGACAGACGAGACAGACGGAAAACUCAUCGCCAACAUGCUUGAAGUCGAGUACGUCCGUGGGACGCCCUGUCUGAUUUUGAAGGGGCAGCAGGACCCCGCGACGACUUCCCAGGAUGCGCGGCCGCGCUCCUCGUACAAGGAAGACUGCGUCUACAACGACAAGCUGGCCUUCUGCUUCGUGCUCCCAGUGUUUGGCAGCCCGCUCGUUCUCCUCAUGAUUCAGUGUGCGAAGCGACGCUACGGGAUGCUUUUCUUCCACCUUUGCAUGUACAACAGCCUGACGGGCUGGGUUAAGUAUACCUCGCUUCCCUCCAAGGAGGUCUGGCGGCGCUUCGGGUACCCCGGCGACAGGCAGCUGCUCGACGCCCUGGGCGUCCUCAAGCGGCGCGGGAAGGUCGCGGAGGCCGCGACCGUGAGUCAGAUCAUGAGGCUCUUCGAGGAGGCGUUCGCGUCCGACGCCAAGGCGGCGGCGACAGCUAUGCCCGCCGCACCGAUCGCGAGGCCGUUCGAACCCGAAGUGAUUGUCCUCUGCGGGUUUCUCACGCUCGGCGAGAAGACUGAGAUCCUCAAGGAACAACAGAUACAAGCCGCGAAGCUUCGACAAGCCAACCAAAAACCGAAGCGCACCGAUGCCCAGCGGCCGUCCCUCGCCGAGGCCCGGACUGCCGUCGCCGUUUCACCUGCCCAGGAGCUCCGAUCGCACAGCCUCCUAAGCCUGGCGGGGCCUGGCGGGUCGGGGGAGGAAGAAAAACUCGAGGGCGCUUCCACCUUCCUGCAGCUGAAAAUUUGCAUCGACUGGGACUGCUACCUCGAUGUCUCCUGUGAAUUUGAAGAGUGA